ACAGAAAAGUGCAAGGAGACAGCUGGGACAGUCUGCAGGGCACAGAGAUGAAUACUGAAGCAGGACAGUGUGAAUAUUCAGCUGUCUCCCAGCAAGGACACAGGGAAAGCUGCUGUGAUGGGCAAAAAUCAGUCACAAUUCAAACCCCACCAGAUACACCGCUGCUGGGCAAAGACCCCGAGAGAGACACGGAUGGAGGAGACGAGCAGGAUGAUUAUUGGGGUGAAACCACAACAGCUGUGACCUCUGAACGAAGCACUUCAAUGGAAGAUCUGGCAUUAAGACGAGGGUCAACGGGUCAGCAGAAAAACUUGGCAAAUUCUCGGACUAAGCUGGGGUUUUACGUAUCAUGUGUUGUGGCUGUAUGUGCCCUGCUCACACCACCGGCUUUCAUCACAAUCCCACUCUUACUCUGGGGGCCUGAACUAGAUCCCUGUGGGACCCCCUGCGAGGGACUGUAUAUUUCUGUAGCCUUCAAGUUGCUCCUAGUGGUUUUGGCUUCAUGGGCAGUUUUUUUGAGAUCACCACGUUAUGUUAUGCCUCGGCUGGUGGAGUUUCGUGCUUUGGUGGUCCUUCUGCUCUUUCUAUUCAUAGCCUCAUAUUGGCUUUUUUAUGGUGUACGGAUCCUGGGCCCACAUGAGAAGAACUUGCUUGGCGUGGUGCAGUACGCUGCGUCACUGGUGGACGCUCUCAUCUUCAUUCACUACUUGGCUGUUGUCUUACUUGAGAUUCGCCAGCUACAACCAUUUUUCUCGCUGAAGGUUGUGCGAAGUUCUGAUGGAGAAGCAAGAUUUUACAACAUAGGAAUACUCAGGUACUUAGUAUCUGAUAACUAAUGGCAAUGACUUGUUUAAUUAGGCUCAUCUAGAAGCUGUUGUGUAUAAGGGUCUGACAAUAAUAAGUAUGGGGUAACUUGCCUGAAAUGGUUAAUAUGGAGAAAAUGUGGUCUCAACAGCUAGCACAUUUUACUGAAACUUUAUAUAAAUCAUUUCUUGUACUAAUAACCCAUUCUAUAACUUUUUAUAAAUAUAUAUUAUUACACCAUACAGCCCCCCCCCUAUUAUUCUUCCUAUUACACCCUAUAUCCUUCAUAUAACUCCUCCUAUUGCACCAUACAACCCUCCCUAUAGCUCCUCCUAUUGCACCAUAUAACCCUCCCUAUAUCUCCUCCUAUUGCACCAUAUAACCCUCCCUAUAACUCCUCCUAUUGCACCAUAUAACUCUCCAAAUAACUCCUCCUAUUGCACCAUACAACCCUCCCUAUAACUCCUCCUAUUGCACCAUACAACCCUCCCUAUAGCUCCUCCUAUUGCACCAUACAACCCUCCCUAUAACUCCUCCUAUUGCACCAUAUAACCCUCCCUAUAACUCCUCCUAUUGCACCAUACAACCCUCCCUAUAACUCCUCCUUUGCACCAUAUAACCCUCCCUAUAUCUCCUCCUAUUGCACCAUAUAACCCUCCCUAUAACAUCUCCUAUUGCACCAUAUAACCCUCCCUAUAACUCCUCCUAUUGCACCAUAUAACCCUCCAUAUAACUCAUCCUAUUGCACCAUAUAACCCUCCCUAUAACUCCUCCUAUUGCACCAUAUAACCCUCCUUAUAACUCCCCCUAUUGCACCAUAUAACCCUCCCUAUAACUCCUCCUAUUGCACCAUAUAACCCUCCUUAUAACUCCCCCUAUUGCACCAUAUAACCCUCUUUAUAACUCCUCCUAUUGCACCAUAUAACCCUCCUUAUAACUCCCCCUAUUGCACCAUAUAACCCUCCCUAUAACUCCUCCUAUUGCACCAUAUAACCCUCCCUAUAACUCCUCCUAUUGUACCAUAUAACCCUCCCUAUAACUCCUCCUAUUGUACCAUAUAACCCUCCCUAUAACUCCUCCUAUUGCGCAAUAUAACCCUCCCUAUAACUCCUCCUAUUGCACCGUAUAACCCUCCCUAUAACUCCUCCUAUUGCACCAUACAACCCUCCCUAUAACUCCUCCUAUUGCACCAUAUAACCCUCCCUAUAACUCCUCCUAUUGCACCGUAUAACCCUCCCUAUAACUCCUAUUGCACCGUAUAACCCUCCCUAUAACUCCUCCUAUUGCACCAUAUAACCCUCCCAAUAUCUCCUCCUAUUGCACCAUAUAACCCUCCCAAUAACUCCUCCUUUUGCACCAUAUAACCCUCCCUAUAACUCCUCAAUUUCAAUAUAACUCCAAUUGCACUACAUAACCCUCCCUAUAUUUUCUCCUAUUGCACCAUAUAACCUUCCCUAUAACUCUCCUAUUGCACCUUAUAACCCACCCUAUAACUCCUCCUAUUGCACCAUAUAACUCUGCCUAUAACUCCUCCUAUUGCACCAUAUAACCCACCCUAUAACUCCUCCUAUUGCACCAUAUAACUCUGCCUAUAACUCCUCCUAUUGCACCAUAUAACCCUCCCUAUAACUCCACCUAUUGCACCAUAUAACCAUCCCUAUAACUCCACCUAUUGCACCAUCUAACCCUCCCUAUAACUCCACCUAUUGCACCAUAUAACCCUCCCUAUAACUCCUCAUAUUGCACCAUAUAACCCUCCCUAUAACUCCUCCUAUUGCACCAUAUAACCCUUCCUAUAACUCCUCCUAUUGCACCAUAUAACUCUCCCUAUAACUCCUCCUAUUGCACCAUAUAACCCUCCCUAUAACUCCUCCUAUUGCGCCAUAUAACCCUCCCUAUAACUCCUCCUAUUGCACCAUAUAACCCUCCUUUUAACUCCUCCUAUUGCACCAUAUAACCCUCCCUAUAACUCCUCCUAUUGCACCAUGUAACCUCUCUAUAACUCCACCUAUUGCACCAUGUAACCCUCCCUAUAACUCCUCCUGUUGCACUAUAUAACCCUCCCUAUAACUCCUCCUAUUGCACCUUAUAACCCUCCCUAUAACUCCUCCUAUUGCACCAUAUAACCCUCCCUAUAACUCCUCUUAUUGCACCAUAUAACCCUCCUUAUAACUCAUCCAAUUGUACCAUAUAACCCUCCCUAUAACUCCUCCUAUUUCACCAUAUAACUCUCCCUAUAACUCCUCCUAUUGCACCAUAUAACCCUCCCUAUAACUUCUCCUAUUGCACCAUAUAACCCUCUCUAUAACUCCUCCUAUUGCACCAUAUAACCCUCCCUAUAACUCCUCCUGUAGCACCAUAUAACCCUCUCUAUAACUCCUCCUAUUGCACUAUAUAACCCUCCCUAUAACUCCUCCUAUUGCACCAUAUAACCUUCCCUAUAACUCCUCCUAUUGCACCAUAUAACCCUCCCUAUAACUCCUCCUAUUGAACCAUAUAACCCUCCCUAUAACUCCUCCUAUUACACCAUAUAACUGCUCCCUAUAACUCCUCCUAUUGCACCAUAUAACCCUCCCUAUAACUCCUCCUAUUACACCAUAUAACCCUCCCUAUAACUCCUCCUAUUGUACCAUAUAACUGCUCCCUAUAACUCCUCCUAUUGUACCAUAUAACCCUCUCUAUAACGCCUCCUAUUGCACCAUAUAACUCUGCCUAUAGCUCCUUCUAUGGCAACAAAUAACCCUCCCUAUAACUCCUCCUAUUGCACCAUAUAACCCUCCCUAUAACUCCUCCUAUUGAACCAUAUAACCCUCCCUAUAACUCCUCCUAUUGCACCAUAUAACUCUCCCUAUAACUCCUCCUAUUGCACCAUAUAACCCUCCCUAUAACUCCUCCUAUUACACCAUAUAACUGCUCCCUAUAACUCCUCCUAUUGCACCAUAUAACCAUCCCUAUAACUCCUCCUAUUGAACCAUAUAACCCUCCCUAUAACUCCUCCUAUUACACCAUAUAACUGCUCCCUAUAACUCCUCCUAUUGCACCAUAUAACCCUCCCUAUAACUCCUCCUAUUGUACCAUAUAACUGCUCCAUAUAACCCUCCCUAUAACUCCUCCUAUUACACCAUAUAACCCUCCCUAUAACUCCUCCUAUUGUACCAUAUAACUGCUCCCUAUAACUCCUCCUAUUGUACCAUAUAACCCUCUCUAUAACGCCUCCUAUUGCACCAUAUAACUCUGCCUAUAGCUCCUUCUAUGGCAACAAAUAACCCUCCCUAUAACUCUUCCUAUUACUCCAUGUAAGCACGCUGUAUAAUUUCUAUUUCUCAGUGUAAUGUUGGAUCAAAGUGGAAAUCAGGAGCACCGGCAGCGGGUUGUAUAAAAAGUAAACUUUUAUUCUUUACACCUUAGUGUCAUUAAAAAUAAUCUAAAUGCUUGGCACAAACAAUGGAAAUAAAGUUCGGAUAGUCUGUUGACAACAACCUUACAUGUUUCGGUUCCAAAAGCCGUCCUCAUAAGCUGCUGUCAAGCACAAUAAAAUUAGCAUAUUUAA